UCGACGUCUUAUUUGCCAACCUAUCAUUUCCCAUUGCGAAAAGCUAGUUCCUGGUUUCCUCAUUGUAGAACCGUUUCACUUCUUUGUCAGGUCUACGAUCUGCCUGUAUAUUGGGCCGUGUGGAGAUGGCCCAUAUAGCAGCUUGCAUGAUAGAUAGCGAUGGCGAGACCAAUAGCCUCCGAAGCUAUAUAGCAAACACCUUUUCCACCAAAGCCUCCACGGACUCGCUAGUAUCUAUCCACUCUGCGGACGAGAAGAGGUCGCUGGCCUGGAGGAUGCACAACACAGAAGCACGCAAGUAUCAGCUAUUUCCAAAGGAAAAGCAGCUGCCGCCGGUUACGAUAGCAAAGCCACUUGAUCUGGAUCAAGCACAUGCCACUGUCGUGAACCAAUGCUCGGAUAAGUCCGAUAAGCCAGGACUCUCAAAUGGACUUCUUUUGAGAAUUAAGGAACACAACUUGACUCGAAGGAGGAAGGUUAGCGUACCAGAACUUGGACCUAUGACGACGGUACAGGAGGUUUCGAUGGACUCCCCUACAAUACCAGGGCGACCUGCUCUACAUGAGCGCUCCAUCAGUACCCCAGUCAAUGCCUUGCGAAUUAACAUGCGUUCGGAACCAAGAGAGUCACAUGAAUCCCCAGAAACAAGGUCUAGUAAUGGCACGGCAAUGACACCAACAUCUGCCAAGGUGCCUGCCAAACAACCUCUUUCCCCUAAGGACCUAGCACCACUCACAAUUCCAACCCAUAGUGGAACAUUUCCGUCACUUGCUCGAAAGCUAUCACUGAGCCGGCUCAGAUCAGGAGGUAAUCAACAGGAACCAACCACACGGCCACCUCGCCCAGACGAAUCGCCAAGGACACGGGCUCCUUAUACACCCUUCACACCCCUUUCCUCUACAGGAUCUACACCGACACCGAAGUCUACUACGACUUAUACGAACUCGACGAUUCCGACUCCAAUCUCAGCUCCUCCAGAGUCACGCCACUCACCAGCUCCUUGGGAAAAGCCGCACUCGGCAGUCUCAACUACAGCAUCUCAUGGUGCUACGGAUAUCCCCUCUGUCCCUAGGCCUGACCUUGAUGUACAAGUACGAUGUUCCUCUGCAAUGGCUCACAGGAGAGGACAGUCCGAUUCAGGAAGCAUAAUGGAACGUGGACGCCCGAGAAAGCGAGCUGAUGGUUCUCUUAUUGGCUCUAAGCAUAAACGAGCUGAGUCGAAAAGGAGCCUAAGUAUCGAACGGAGGGCUUUCGAGACCCUGCCCCAAGGUUUCAGACCCCAGGAUGCUCUGGCGAAGCUCGACCAGGCAGAAACGGCUCAUCUACAGAAACAAGCUCUUGGCCAAGCAGCCAGAUUUGAGGUAUUGAGAAGGGAGGACGUGGACAAUCUCUCCAAGGAGCUUCGCCAACUUGAUGAGAGAACGGAGUAUCUUCGCCACACAUACACAUCUCUUCGUGCUGGCCGUCGUAAUCUCCAAUCGCGGGUUUGCCAAUACCUUCGAUCACCCCGCAUGGCCAAAUUUAGUUAUGAGUCCAUGCUGAAGCAAGAGGAGACGCUUGCAGAACUCGACGCCUCCAUUGAUGACUGGGUCACCAAGCUGGAGCAUGCUGAGAACCGUCGCACGCGAGUCCGACAAAAGCUGCUUGAACAUGUCGCUGCCGCCGCCGCAAUGUCAGCCAGUGCCGGUCUUGGCGGCGUCAGCAAUGAAACACUCCAACACGCCAUUGGGAUGCGGCCACAACCCAGUGCCAGCGAUGUUGCUACACCACCUCGUAGCCCCACUAGGGGUGCUACGUUCUUCGACUGCUCCUCACCGUCACCUUCGUCUUCCCCUCAGCGGGUUGUUGCGCGGGUGCCAUCGGCUAUUAUCGAAGAGGACGAGGAUGGUAAGUCUCACCGAAGCCGUCUGAGCAGCAGUACGCAGACGGCUCUUGAGCGGAUGGAGAGCAUCCGUAUCUACGCUGACAGCGACGUCUACGCUCUUCUCGAAGACGUAGAGAAUGAAUUCACCAAGCUCAACGAUGGCAUCAACAGCCCUGAGCGCCUGCCACAGCGACAGACUCACCGCUAUAAGAGAGUCUUGCACCACGCCCAAAGCCACGAUGUCUUGGGUCGCAACGGCUCACCUGGUGUGUCGACAGCUUCACCUCGGCCCCCACCACUAUCGCCUCCUGCUCCUUCGCCGCCAACGAAGAGCUCGCCCACGCAAGGCAGCAACGUAUUCCUCACGUCCGCAGUCUUUCAACCUCACCAAACCACCGUCAACGCAUAAAUCCUCCCAAAAACGGGGCUGCCCCUAGUGUCGCAACCCAAAUUUAUGAUACACGGCCUUAUCAAUUAAAUUCUUACGAUCACUCGUGUCUGAUGACUCACGGCGGACCAGCAUACGUUCGUUCUCACAUUUGCAUGGAAAGCAUUCAUUCAUAUAGCAUCAUUAUUGUUAAUCUCUCAUUCCCGUCUCUCGUUACAAUACCUCCCUGAGAUAUUCUCAGUGCACUCCUUUCACUCUAAGUUUUUAUUCCAUCUACUUCCUUUCGACUUUCUCCCUCCCUUCUCUUCGUUGUCCUGCUUGUAUCAUCUCAUUUUUCGGCGUUUACGGAUUCCU